CUGCAGCUAAUAGACAACAUAAAUUUCUUGAAGUAAAUGGUUAAACUAGUCUCAAAUGCUGUCGUGACUAUGAGUGAAACGGAGACGGAGAGGAAGCGCCCAGUCAUUGCUGGCAGAGAAAAAGGGCCGGGGCCUGGUCGAUACUUCCUUCCUCCGGCUAUUGGGUUUGUAGGCCAUGAUUUCACCAAGUCAACGAGUCCUGCCUUCUCCUUCCAUGGCAGGAUAAGUAAAAACAUGCAUAACAUUGACUGUAGUCCAGGACCUAAAUAUCAUAUUGAUGCCAAACUGACUCGCUUUGGAAGGGACGGCACUCCUGCCUAUUCCAUACAUGGCAGGAUGGAAAAUCGAGCAGGAACCUUCUCCACCCCUGGACCUGGAGCAUACAGCCCUGAGAAAGCCCCUCUGGGCAGCACCCAUCGCAAACCGCCAUCCCACACCAUGGGCUGCCGCACUCCGUAUCGUACCGUGGACACCGUGCCUGCCCCGAACAAAUACACCCUCCCUUCUCUCAUGGGCUCCCACGUCCUGACCAAAACAUCCAGUGCUAGUUACACCAUCUCUGGGAGAUGUAAAUCUGGAGGUCCGGCUGAGGACUUAUCUAAGACUCCAGGUCCUGGUAGAUAUAACCGCACAGAUCCCAGUGUCUACCUCCCAAGGCAGCCUGCGUUCUCUAUGCUGGGCAGACACACUGCUGCAAGGGAGUCCACACUAGUACCAGGUCCUGGAAGUCAUAGCCCAGAAAAAGUGACAGUGCACAAGCCCAGACCUCCUGCUUUCUCUUUAGGGGUCAGGCACUCAGAUUUUGUGACCCCUUUAGUUGUAGAUUAAUAGUAUAGAUCAUUUUGGUGUUUGUAAACAGCGAUGACGUGUUUUGUGGGCAGAGCCUACCUGGUGGCAGAAAGCAAGUGUGGGUAUCUGCAGGUUGGAGUAGUGGCCGCGACAAAAGGUAGGGGUGUGAAGAAAGCUCUUUAUCAUUGGUUGCGAAAGAUGUCUGUCAGGGUGUGGGGCAGGGUUAGGGGUUAGUUUCUAUUGUAGCAAUUCACCUUUCAGCACGCCCAUUACUCCGACCUGCAGCUACGGAAUAAAAAAAUUAAAAAGGUAAUUGCAAGUUUAUAUCUCAAUUCUGAGAAGAAAAAAUUAAAAUCGCGAGAUAUUAACUUAAUAUUCUUUUUUCUCAGAAUUUCUCACAAUUCGGACUCAAAAUUGUGAGAUAAAAAUUGCAAGAAAAAAAGUCAAAAUUGUGAUAUAAAAAUGUUAUAGGUUUCAGUGUUAAAUGUUUAAAUAUUACUUAAUGCUUUAACUGUAAGGCUAAUGAUCUGCAUAUAGUUUACAUCAAAUUCAUGCUUUGAUAGUAGGCUAAUCAUUACAGGUUUCAUCAGUUCAGUAGGUCCGUUUAAUGGCUUGCAACUUGUCUUGCAACCAUAAAUGUAGCUUCAAAAAUGAAGACCAUCUCUUUUGGCAUUACGAUUCUGACAUUCAAAGGCACAACAAGACAUUUUUGUUCCCCUAUGGGAUCUUGCCUGUUUUCCUCCACUUGUUACCAGUUUUUCUGCGGUGACGUAACUGUGACGUCUGCUCCCAUAUUGGUCUAUUUUGAAGGCUGUAUAUGUAAAUAGGCCUACUGCUUUUCUUGACUUCACUUUGAAAUUUCAUUGCAUUCUUAAAAAUGUUUGAUAUUUUCAUACAAUGAACUCUAUGUUGGAAAUAUUCAGCAUUCUUACGCCAUUUGUCCAAUGAAUUUCAGAGACUUUUCCUGGUCGCUUUUCCUCACACAAAAUUGCUGAAAAUU